AUGGGUCUUUGUCUUGGCUCACUGGGUUCAUCAAUUGCAUGCUGUUUUGGUAAUGCAUUUUGCUCGCUUUGCUGUUCGUCUUGUCCAACAUGUAAAGGUUCAACUUCCACACGUAUCGCUUACAGUUUUAUUCUCCUUGUUGGUUUAAUCACAUCGUGUAUUAUGUUGAUACCUGGCCUUGAUCAUUUGCUACAUAAAAUUCCGGCAUUAUGUAGAAAUACGGCUGUCAAUAAGCAAUUAUUGAACAUGAUAGAUUGUUCGAAAGUGAUCGGAUCACUUGCUGUUUAUCGACUUUCAUUUGGUUUAACAAUUUUCUUCGGUAUUUUGUCAUUAUUAAUGAUUAAAGUGAAGAAUUCGAAUGAUUUUCGAGCAAAAAUUCAAAAUGGCUUUUGGGCUUUCAAACUACUGCUUGCAAUUGCUUUGAUCGUUGCAGCGUUCUUCAUUCCCAACAAUGGUUUUGAUUAUGCAUUUAUGAUUAUCGGAUUAAUUGGCGGAUUUCUCUUUAUUCUGGUGCAAUUACUCUUCUCGAUCGAUUUCGUUCAUUCAUGGAACGAAUCUUGGGUUGAUCGUGUGGAAUCCGGUUCAAAAAAGCAUGGCUAUGGUCUUUUAUUUUUUACUUUUCUUCUCUAUAUCUUAACUAUCACCGGUAUCGUUUUAUUUUAUGUUUACUACGCUCCAAAUCGUACUAUCUGUCGUUUACAUACAUUCUUCAUUUCUUUUAAUCUAUGCUUAUGUGUGAUAUUAUCAAUCAUAUCAAUUCUACCAUGUGUACGAGAAUAUAAUUCUUCGUGUGGUCUUCUUCAAUCAUCAUUUGUUAGCCUUUAUGUGAUAUACUACACUUGGUCAGCAAUGAGUAACAAUCCAGAUAGUCGUUGUAACCCGUCAUUUCGUGCAAUUAUUCAUCCAAUGAAUGCCACAAUAGCAGCCGAUCAAGUUCGACAAGAAAAUUUAUCAGAUCCAAUCACGAUCAUUGGUUUACUGUUCUUUGUUUGUACACUCUUCUAUUCAGUGAUUACAACUUCACGCAAUAGUCGAGCGAAAAAGUUAUUUCUGUCAUCAUCGAUCGAUUCAACUAUAUUAGAUGAUGCACAAUUGGUCAACUCAGUGACAGAUGACAAAUGGAUAUUAGGUAGCGAUGAACAUCAUCAUCAACGAGUCUAUGAUGACGAACGUGGCUCAGUUAAAUACAAUUAUUCAUUAUUUCAUCUGAUGUUUCUAUUAGCCACUCUGUACGCUAUGAUGACACUGACAAAUUGGUAUGCACCGGCGAAAGACUUUCAUACGUAUAAUAAUAAUCUAGCAUCGCUAUGGGUAAAAAUUAUAUCCAGUUGGUUAUGUGUGGUGCUGUACGUUUGGACUUGUAUUGCACCAGCUGUAUUUCCUGAUCGUGAUUUUUCAUAA